AUGCUGUCGCAAAGCUUCUUAUCUGGCAAUGGUCCGUUUGGUGGUGGUGGUGGUCCGUUUGGUGGUGGUGGUGGUCCGUUUGGUGGUGGUGGUGGUCCGUUUGGUGGCAAUGGUCCGCCACCUCCGUUUAGUGGAAAUGCCGGGGGUGUUUUGUUCCAGCGUUAUUACGAGGCAUAUAGUUCAGUACGUUGUGCUCGUCGUGACCUGGAUGUAGGGAACAAGAUAUUAUUACCAUCAUCUGCUUUAAGCGCACUGGCAACUCAGGAAGUUGUGUGGCCAAUGUUAUUUGAGUUAUCGAACACUGAUAAAAACAAGAACACACAUUGUGGGGUGUUAGAGUUCAGUGCUGAGGAGAAUAAUUGUUAUUUACCGCCAUGGAUGAUGAGGAAUUUGCAAUUGGAUGAUGGUGAUUUAUUGCGUGUGACUAAUGUGUCACUACCUAAGGGUAAUUUCGUUAAAAUCCAACCUGUUACUUCUGACUUCCUUAAUCUUACCAAUCAUCGCGCUGUUCUUGAGAAUUCGCUUAGUCAUUAUGCUUGCGUGUCAAUUGGCGAUCGUAUACAAAUACGACAUGAUGAUGUAGACUAUGCCGUUGACAUACUUGAUACUAAACCUGCACCUGCAAUCAGCGUUAUCGAAACAGAUAUUGAAGUCGACUUCGAAGCUCCCAAAGAUUAUGUAGAACCAAAACCAAAACCACAGACACCACCCCAAGAGGAGGAAGCAGAAGAAGAUGAAGAAGACGAAUUCCACCCAUUCAAAGGUGGCGGCUGGAGGGUAGAUGGGCAAGCCGUCGAACAACACAACGUACGUCACCAACACCACCCCCGACACUAA